AGCAAGAACGUUACAGAAUCUGAAUCCGCGGGUCUGUCAUAUCCAUUGGAGUCCAGGGAGAAAGAGGACUUUGCUGUGGGUUUUCUCGUGCCAGGAUAGAGGGGUGUAUUUCACCAUUUUUAAAUCUCCUCUGUGAAUAAUCAAAGAUAACUAUGUCAAAGAAUUUCAAAGGUGGACCAUCCUUCGGACUUUCUGCUGAGGUCAAAAGUAAGUUGGCCCAGAAGUAUGACCCCCAGAAGGAGGAGGAGCUGAGGCUGUGGAUCCAGGACGUAACAGGCAAGAAGAUCGCUGAUCCUUUCAUGGAGAACCUAAAGGAUGGGGUCAUCUUGUGCGAACUUAUCAACACACUUCAGCCAGGAUCUGUAAGAAAGAUUAACACUUCCCCGCAAAACUGGCAUCAGCUGGAAAACAUUGGCAAUUUUGUCCGAGCCAUCACAGUUUAUGGUAUGAAGCCAUACGAUCUGUUUGAGGCCAACGACCUGUUUGAGAAUACCAACUACACCCAGGUCCAGAGCACGCUCAUCACCCUGGCUGGAAUUGCCAAGUCCAAAGGUUUCCACUCCAAGCAUGACAUGGGAGUGAAGUAUGCAACAGCACACCAGCGCCGUUUCGCCCCAGACAUGCUGAAGGAAGGGCGCAAUGUCAUCGGCCUGCAGAUGGGUACCAACAAACUUGCCAGCCAGAAGGGCAUGACAUCUUAUGGCACGCGGCGUCACCUGUACGAUCCGAGGGGGGGAAUGGAGAACCCUCUGGACCAGUCCACCAUCAGCCUCCAGAUGGGCACCAAUAAGGGUGCCAACCAGUCUGGCAUGACGGCCCCUGGCACCAGGAGACACAUCUAUGACAAGAGUCUGGGCUUGGAGGAAUGCGACACCUCCACCGUCUCACUGCAGAUGGGCACCAACAAGAUGGCGUCCCAACAGGGCAUGACCACAUACGGCCUCCCUCGGCAGGUCUACGACAACAAGUACUGCUCCAACCCUGAUGAAUUCAUCAACAACGGGGAGAGGGCUGAGUUUGACGGUACUAUGUACUAUGACUAAAGAGAACAGUAUAAGCCCCCAGUCCCCUCCUCUCAAGAACCCCUCUCCACCAGCAAGACCAUCCAAACUGUUAUUUACUGUUUUCAUUAUCCUCAUCCCUUGCUGUUUUUUUUUUUGUGAUCAACCAUUCAAAUAAUUUUUGUCCUUUGAGGGGAUUUAUGCCUGGUUCAAUCUCUUUGACCUUGUUAUUUUAAAUCAAUUUAAUGUUGUGGCCCACACCCCUCUCUCCCUUUGCAAUGGAGAUUUUUCUAUUCAAAUACGGUGAAAAUAAAUACU